AGUCUCGGUCCGUAGUAUUCUCCAUACAUAUACUUUGACUUCUGACGCGAUCGCUCAGUGUUAGUUUCGCGUUUGAAAACGCCGUACACUGGUUGUUGAGCGCUUCAGUCGAAAUUUUAAUUAUAAACUCCUAAAAAACAAAUUAUAGCCAAAAUGCCACCCAAUAACAGCAACGAAUCAAGAAAACUCGAGAAUCCCAACGAGUUUCUCGUCAUUCCUAAGUGGAUAAAUGAAGACUAUUUUCGUCCUAUAAUCGAAAAAGAUGUGAAAGACUUUCGAAGCAUCAAAAACUUUACGCCGAUCGCUGCCACACAGCCAGGUGAUAACUACACAUCUGUCAUGGUUCGUGUGAUUGUUGAUAUAGAGCUCAAAGAUUCCAGCGAACAACAAGUUUCAUACAUAUUGAAGACAACGCUAGAAAUGGACAAGGGGGGUGACCUUGUAGCUGGAAUGAAUUUGUUUCCCAAGGAAAAGCAGAUGUACCAGGUGCACAUACCCAACUUCGUCAGGCUCUACAAGGAGGCAGGCGUGGACAUUGAACUAGCACCAAAAUGUGUUCAUAUUGAUGAAAGUCCUGAAGGCAUAACCCUCGUGUUGGAAGAUUUGAAACAGCAGAAUUUUGAGAAUGUUGAUCGUCUCAAAGGAUUCGAUAUGGAGCAUAUGCGUCGUGUAAUUCGUAAAGUUGCAGAAUUGCAUGCCGCAUCUGCCGUGACCUACGAGCAAAAUGGACCCUAUGACGAGAUGUACUCUCGAUCUUUGUAUUCAGAGAGCAAUCGUCACAUGUUUGAGGGAUUAGGUAAAAUGAGACACCAGCAGUACAUUAAGGCAAUGCGCGAGUGGCCACUUCCGGAUGUGGAGGAAUAUAUUGCAAAUCUUCCAUCGCCAACAGAGUUUUUCGAUAAAGGAAUUAAGCUAAACAGUGUGGACGAAAACGAGUUUAACUGCUUAAAUCAUGGAGAUCUAUGGUGUAACAAUAUAAUGUUCUCUGAAGAUCGGACUCUGUUUGUCGACUUGCAAGUCGGAAGAUGGGGAUCUCCCGCCCAGGAUCUUUGGUAUAUGAUAACCACAUCGCCUUCGCUGGACAUUAAGGUCAAGGAAUUCGAUCAUUUUAUUCAAAUCUAUCAUACACGCUUGGUAGAAUGUCUGAAAUUGCUGAAAUAUUCCAAGUCCAUUCCCACUUUGAGAGAAAUACACGUCAUGAUGAUUAAAUACGGCGAUUGGGGACCAAUAACGAUGUCAGGAGUGUUGGUAGCCGUAUUGAUGCCAUCUGAUAAGGAUUCCAGUAUAAAUAUGAUGAUGGCACCGGGACCAGAAGGUGACGCUUUUCGUUAUAAGACUUUUAUUAAUCCCUACUACGUCAAGGCUAUGGUUCAACUCUAUCCUUUCUUUAAAAACAAGGGUAUUAUAUAAGGACAUCAAAAUUGUAUAAUAUAACACGUAUAUAUUAAGUUUUCAUUGUACAUAUGUGAUAUUAUAUAAUCCGAAUCAAAUAUAACCAAACGUCUUUUUAACUGCAAACAAUUCGAUAAAAAUAAACUUUAACGAUGACAGGCAAAAUAGA